AAAAUGGGUGGAGAGCAAGGCGUACGCCCAGACUUUUCUUGCGUGCUUGCACGCCUUCUCCUAUCUCACCUCCUGAGAAGAAAAGGUGCUGACAUUUCAUCGUUUGCAUGGCGCCGAAAGAAAACGCAUUGGCAUAGCGGUGAGAUUCUAACGCGCCGUAAACACACAUUAGGGGGACCAUAUUGUCUAGCGUUGCGCUUGGCUGGGCCUAGUCAGGCACCGUCGUUGAAAGAGGGCACUGGCUCGUCAUUCCAAAUGGCGACCAGAACAUCAACAACUCUGGCAGCUGUUGGCGGAAAAAGGGCCACUAGAGCGCUGACACAUUCGUAA